AUGUCAGACUGCAAACAUGUAGGUACUCCGAUUGUAACGGGCGAAGACAGAACACACGCAGAAGAAAAUGAAAGUUAUGACGCUCACAAGUAUCAAGAGUUAAUUGGAGAAUUAUUAUACCUAGCGAACAGGACAAGGCCUGAUAUAGCAUUCGUAACGUCAUAUCUUUCACAAUAUAAUCAUUCUCCGGUUAAGCGACAUUACAUGAUAGGGAAAAGAGUUUUACGCUACUUAAGUGGUAGUAAAUAUAGACGAUUGGGAUAUGAUCGUGAGUUUGGUAUGCUCAAAGCAUAUUCUGAUUCCAGUUGGGGGAACGCAGAAGAAGCUAGAUCUUUCUCAGGGGGAGCCUUAUUCAUUGGCAAUUCGUUAAUCUCAUGGAGAUGCAAGAAACAGAGAACUGUAGGUAAUUCCACUUGUGAAGUGGAAUUAUGUGCUGUUUCUGAAAUGGUUAAGGAUAUAAUGUGGAUUCAGAGUAUGCUUACCGAAUUACAUUGUAAUGAAUAUGUUGACAAGCCGACACCGAUACUUUGCGAUAAUCAAGCGACUAUUCAGUGGGUCAAAAAUGCGAAAUCGUCCACGAAAACGCGUCACGUAAACCUUAAGUAUUACUUUGUUCGCGAAGAGGUUGAAAAUGGUAUUAUUGCUAUAUCACAUGUUAACACGAAUAAUAUGGUAGCAGACUGUUUUACGAAGAGCGUAUCGAAAGAAAAAUUAGAAUGGUGUUGCGACCAAAUGUACUUGUCCUAA